AUGGCCAGUCUUCAGGGUUCUUCAAAUAUUCCAGAGGAAUUAAGCAAGGAGAUCCAUUGUCUCCUGCUUCGUUCAUCUUUAUCUACUAAGGUGCUAUCUAGAUCUUUAAACAAGCUGUUUGAGGAAAAAUCAUUUGUAGGAUUUUGGAUGCCAAAGUGGACCGAUCCAGUAAAUCAUCUUGCAUAUGCUGAUGACACCAUCAUAUUUGCAUCAGCACAUCCAGAAUCCUUGAAGAAGAUCAUGGAAGUAUUGAAUGAUUAUGAGAAGACUUCACGCCAGUUGAUCAACAAAGCAAAAAGCUCAUCAUAUAUGCAUUCUAAGGCAGCCAAUGCAUUGUUCCAAACAUUUGGUGAUAUCACAAGACUUGGGAGAAUAAAGGAUUAUUAUGAUGAUCUCGUUAAGAAAGUGAAGGCAAAGUUACAUUCAUGGAAAGGAAAGUUUCUAUCUUUUGGAGGCAAGGCUACCUUGAUAAGCAGUGUUCUUCAGAGUAUGCCUAUUCAUAUCCUAUCAGUUUUGGAUCCACCUAAGAACAUUAUAGACCAUUUGCACAAAUUGUUUGCAAGAUUCUUUUGGAGCACAAAGGAGGAAGGGAGAAGUAGGCACUGGCAUCUUGGAAGAAUUUGUGUCUUCCAAAGGAGGAGUGAGGACUAG